AUCAACAGCACAGUUGUGAAUUGUGAUGUUGCUACUUGGCUCCAUAGUAACCUUUCGUUGCCACCUAAGAUAGGCGAACCCAACGAGGCAAGGAUUAUUCUAUCAGUUUUUUCAGUUAACUUCCACUUUUGUAGCUCUCUUUACGCUUUAACAUCUCCUCCAAUGGGUUGUUGCCGAGCCCCAUCUUUUUGGCUAUGCUCAACCAGGCCAAUAACCGCUUCCAGAAGCUUCCGAUCACUCUCCAUUCCCGGCUGCGUCAAUGCUUCAUCUAAUUCCACGCCGCCGUCGUCGGCCUCCUACGGUCGCCGCUGGUCCAACCCCGUCCUCAGCAAGCCGCCGACGGAAAUCGUCCGCCGUUGGGUUGAACCGGAUGCUUACCAUUCAAUCCCGCCUCAAGAGAGGUUCACGGUCGUUUCGUAUAACGUAUUGGGAGAUAGAAAUGCUCUGAACCAUGGAGAUUUGUAUAGAAACGUUCCUUCUGUUUACUUGAAUUGGGACUACCGUAGACGAGUCAUUUGCGAGGAACUCCUCCAGUUGAGCCCUGAUAUUAUCUGCUUGCAAGAGGUGGAUAAGUAUUAUGAUCUCUUAAAUGUACUGGAGAAAGCUGGAUAUGCUGGUUCCUACAAGAGGCGUACUGGGGAUUAUGUUGAUGGUUGUGCUAUGUUUUGGAAAGCUGAUAAAUGUCAGUUAUUAGAGGAUGAGAGCAUUGAAUUUAAACAGUUUGGUCUGCGGGACAAUGUUGCUCAACUCUCUGUCUUUGAGAUGCCGGAAGGCAGUGAAACUGGCUCAAGAAGAGUAGUAAUUGGGAACAUCCAUGUUCUUUAUAAUCCACACCGAGGAGAUGUUAAACUUGGUCAAAUUCGCUUUCUUACAUCAAGGGCAUACAUUCUUUCAAAGAAGUGGGAGAAUGCACCUGUUGUGCUUGCAGGUGACUAUAACAGCACACCUGGGAGUGCAAUCUACAAAUUCUUGUCAUCUUCUGAGCUCAAUAUCUUGCUACAUGACAGGAAAGAGUUGUCUGGUCAAAGACGUAAUCGUAAUACUGUUCUUCGUCUUAGAAGAGAAAAGAACACUCUAUUUGUUCUAAUGGAUAGAUUGCUUAACGACCUUAAGUAUGGUUGGACUGAUGAGGAGAUUAAUGUUGCUACUGGAACUAACAGCCAUAUAAUUAUGCAUCCUCUGAAGCUUAACAGUUCUUAUGCUGCAGUUAAGGGAUCUAUGAGAACAAGGGACUCUAAUAAUGAGCCUUUAGCAACAUCUUACCAUUCAAAAUUCCUUGGAACUGUUGAUUAUUUGUGGUACUCUGAUGGCCUUGUACCUACAAAAGUUCUGGAUACUGUACCAAUUAAUGCACUAGUCAAAAUAGGCAGCCUUCCAAGCAAGAAAUUGGGUAGUGAUCACUUGCCUUUGGCUGCUGAGUUUGCCUUCAUUCAGUGCGACAGAGAAGAAAAUGAAGUGAUCACCUAGCUACCCAGACUGAAGAAGGCUAGCUUCGGGUAGUUAUAUAUAUAUAUAUAUAUAUAAUGUUACCAUAGAAAGUAGAAACAGCUCUGUGAAUGGGAUGAGAAUUUGUAAAAUGUACCUUUAAUUCAUUCAUUCUCCCAAAA